AUGCACUUCGUACAGCGAAAGGUUCGCGUGGAUCUUGCCAACUUCGACCGUUUCGUUGCCGGUACCUGGGGCGCCAAUUACAUCCAACGCCGCGAUCUUUACAAGGGAAAGCUUCUAGCCAAGAUUGGCUACGCCGCUGCCGCCUGGUUUCUUCAUGACCCGACCAAGACCGAGUUAGAAGGUGGUAUACGAUGGGGCUUGACCAAGGUCGCGACACAUAUGCUGGAGCAGCUGCAGCGCGAGAUUCUCAAAUCUCUCACACGGGCACGGGCGUUCACGCCCAGCAUUGCAAUGGAGAACGAGUUCCACGUUCUACCGAUCCUGCUGAAGCUGCAUCAGCUUGCAAUGAACCACCGAUGUCGCCAAUACGGCUCCGCAGACUACAAGCUGUUGGAUGAGGCUUUGGAGAUCAAAGAUCCUUACAGGGGCUGCACCCAAGACCGCAAGGAAAUGGCAAUGCAUCCCUACGCGCAUCUUCGCGCACUCGCUGGCCUCCACGUGCGGACGAUACGUGAAGAGGAGCAACACAGCCUGUCGGAACCGGCCUUUGCGGAAUCAUGGGCCGACCCCAAGAAGCGUGGAGAGUGGAUCAAGAAGUUCAACUUCCGUGUGGUCUUCCACCAUGCGAACAUCGCCUACAAGCUGUACCUGAACUUACGGAUGUUGAGCAGACAGCCUAUGCAUCCAACCCACAAGGCUGAUUUCGGCGACCACAUUCUUCAAUACUACGUCGGAUUGAAACCUGCGCAGACUACCAUGGGGAUUGGACUGCGAACUGGGAACCUUCCGUUGAAGUCGAACUGGCAGUGGUGUCAGAUGAACGGCAUCACUGACAACCGCUGCCCGCUGUGUGAGAAGGCGGUCCACACUGCCGAGCAUCUCUUGUGUCAUUGCACCGCACUGGAGACCGAACGAGGUUUUCUGAGAUCGGCUGUCGGCCGGCUUGAUUGGCACAGCCUGGUGACGAAGGAUCUUGAGAUCACCACGGCGUGGGCGAUUGCCUUCUUCGGCAUUGACCAGUUCAAGUGGUGCUUGGACGACAAGGACUUCCAAUUCCCUCGAGGGCGCCGCGUCCACAUUAGCUUCCGCAAUUGA